GAUCAUUUUGGAAAGUGCGAGCUGACCCCCGAAGCGACCAUGUCCAAGAAAGACGACUUCAACGCAGGAAUCAUGGACAGAAAACGAUCCCCCAACCGCUUGAUCGUGGACGAAGCUAGCAACGACGAUAACUCGGUCGUGGCCCUCAGUAUGGCCAAGAUGGAGGAAUUGCAGCUCUUCCGCGGCGAUACUGUCUUGAUCAAAGGGAAACUCGGACGUGAAAGUAUUUGCAUUGUCCUGCAAGACGACACUUGUGACGAUUCGAACAUUCGCAUGAACAAAGUGGUUCGCAAGAACCUCAAGAUUCGUUUGGGUGAUUUGGUCACCAUCACUGCCUGUGGCGACGUUCCGUACGGCAAGCGCAUCCAUGUCUUGCCCAUUGACGACACAAUUGAAGGCGUCACCGGCAACUUGUUCGAUGUGUACCUGAAGCCGUAUUUCCUUGAAGCAUACCGCCCUGUCAAGAAAGGAGAUUUGUUCUUGGUACGCCAAGCCAUGCAUCCUGUAGAAUUCAAAGUCGUCGAAACGGACCCUGCGCCUUACUGCAUUGUUGCCCCCGAUACCAUUAUCCAUUGCGAAGGCGAGCCCAUUCGCCGUGAAGAUGAAGAGAAGUUGGACGAAGCCGGAUACAGCGACAUUGGUGGUUGCCGUCGGCAAAUGGCACAAAUUCGUGAAAUGAUCGAGCUGCCCUUGCGCCACCCCACGCUCUUCAAGACGUUGGGUGUGAAGCCCCCUCGAGGUGUCUUGCUGUACGGUCCCCCUGGGUCCGGGAAAACGUUGAUUGCCCGCGCUGUUGCGAACGAAACUGGCGCGUUCUUUUUCCUGAUCAAUGGACCUGAAAUCAUGUCCAAGAUGGCUGGUGAAUCUGAAAGCAACUUGCGCAAGGCGUUCGAAGAAGCUGAAAAGAACGCCCCCGCAAUAAUCUUUAUCGACGAAAUUGAUUCGAUUGCCCCAAAGCGUGACAAGACGAACGGCGAAGUCGAGCGCCGCAUUGUGUCGCAAUUGCUUACGCUCAUGGAUGGGUUGAAGCAGCGCUCGAGUGUAGUCGUGAUCGGCGCGACAAACCGUCCCAACAGCAUGGACCCUGCGCUCCGUCGUUUUGGUCGCUUCGAUCGCGAAAUUGACAUUGGCGUCCCUGACGAAAAUGGCCGCUUGGAAAUCUUCCGCAUCCACACGCGGAACAUGAAGUUGGACGACUCGGUGGACCCGGAAGCUAUUGCCCGCGAUACCCACGGUUUCGUCGGUGCCGAUAUGGCUGCGUUGUGCACCGAAGCCGCUCUGCAAUGUAUUCGAGAAAAGAUGGACGUGAUUGACAUUGAAGAUGAAUCCAUCGACGCCGAGAUAUUGGACUCGAUGUCGGUGACCCAAGACCAUUUCAAGUACGCGUUGGGCGUGUCGAACCCGUCGUCGCUUCGCGAAACUACCGUCGAAGUCCCCACAAUCACAUGGAAAGAUAUUGGUGGGCUCGAGCAAGUCAAACGCGAGUUGCGUGAAUUGGUGCAAUACCCCGUCGAACACCCUGAAAAGUUUGAAAAGUACGGUCUCUCGCCGUCCCGUGGAGUACUUUUCUACGGCCCCCCCGGGUGUGGUAAGACGUUGUUGGCCAAGGCCGUGGCGAACGAGUGCCAAGCCAACUUCAUCUCGGUCAAGGGCCCUGAGUUGCUUACCAUGUGGUUUGGUGAGUCGGAAGCGAACGUCCGCGAAGUGUUUGACAAAGCACGCGCCGCGGCGCCAUGCGUGCUCUUCUUCGAUGAGUUGGACUCGAUUGCGCAACAACGUGGUAACUCGUCGGGCGAUGGCGGUGGCGCAGGAGACCGUGUGAUGAACCAGUUGCUGACGGAAAUGGACGGCAUGGGUGCAAAGAAGAAUGUCUUCAUCAUUGGGGCAACGAACCGACCCGACAUCAUUGACCCUGCUCUCAUGCGACCUGGUCGUUUGGACCAGCUGAUUUUCAUCCCGAUGCCCGACUUGGAAUCGCGCUUGUCGAUUCUGAAGAGUGUGUUGCGCAAGAGUCCCGUGUCGAAAGAUGUCGAUUUGAACUACUUGGCUGCGCAAACCGACAAAUUUACUGGUGCCGAUUUGACUGAAAUCUGCCAGCGCGCUGCGAAGUUGGCCAUUCGUGAAAGCAUUCAACGCGACAUGGAACGAGACCGUCUGAAGGAAGAAGCCGGGGAAGCUGCCGACGACAUGGAUGUCGAAGAAGACGACCCGGUACCCGAAAUCACCCCUGCCCACUUUGAAGAAGCCGUUCGCAACGCGCGCCGAUCGGUCAGUGACCGCGACUUACACCAGUACUCGACGUUUGCCCAAACGCUACAGCAAUCGCGUGCCCAGGUGGGGGCUACCGGGACCUCGUUGUCGACAUUUUCAUUCCCUAGCCGAAAUGUCGUUGGCGGAGGUGCGGCCACGACGGCUGCCGUGGACGAAGAAGAAGAAGACUUGUACAGCUAAACAACACGAUAGCGGUGGAAUUCAGGUGUUUUUAUCGUCCUACAAGAUUAUUUUUGCAUGAAUC